AAUUGGUGGGAGAACGUAAAGUGAAUUAUACUUAAUCUGAGCACCUAUUGAAAAGAAAAAUGAUAAGAUUCGUUCUCUGGAUAUUAUUCUUUCUCAAAAGUGAUCUGAUUGAUGCUGUAAAUGUGUUGGGAAAAGAGGGAAUGAAAGUAACUUUACCGACUGGACUUAAUGACCUACCUAGUGGCACUAUUAUGGCAUGGUCUUUCACAUUGAGUCGUUCAGAUUCAUUUGAUAACAUAGCGCUGCUGAAUGCUGGUGUGAUUACAACAAACUACAGUAGGAGGUUCAAAGACAGACUGAAGCUGGAUACUCAGACUGGAUCUCUCACCAUCAGAAACCUCACCAUCAACGACUCUGGACUUUAUAAAGUACUUAUCAUCAAUACACAGAGUUCAUCUAAGAUUGUAAAUCUAACUGUCUAUGCCUCAGUGUCUGCUCCUCACAUCAGUCCCUCAGUGGACAGUCCAUUUGAAAAAGUGAGCUGUUCCUUGGUGUGCACUGUGAAGAACGCGGGAGAGGUGAUCUUGUCCUGGUACAGAGGAGGGGAGAUACUCAACCAGACCAGCAGCCCUGAUCUUCUAGCCAAUCUCUCUCUCCCUCUGGAGUUAAACAAAAGACAUGUUGACACCUACAGCUGUGAGGCUUCCAACCCUGCUGACUCAAAACCAACUCCGCUCAUCAUUGAAACGCUCUGCCCUCAAUUGUCCUCACGCUCUGCCCUCAAAGGGUCUGGUCGCAAUCCUGUCCCAAUCAUACUGGUCACAUUGUUAGCAGUUGGGAUAAUAAGUGUUGGUACUUACUGGGCAGUUAAAAUAAGGAAAUGUGGAGCCUGCAAGCAAAGAGAAGCAGCCCAACAUUAUGCUGAUGUGAACUUUCAGAGAUCGGUUGGGGAUACACUGGUAUCUGGCACCGGAGGAGUCUGUUCACCAGAAGAGGAGUCUGUUUUGUACGCUGAUGUCAGAAUCUUACCUUCUGUUCAGACAGGACUGGAUUCAAUCACUCCUCUCUCAAAGCUGUGACCUUGGCGUGGUUUAGAGGCUUGUGUGUCUCAAUGACCCCGAGAGCUACGCCGGAGGGGCUUGGGCCCCUGGUAGGUUUAGCCAUUCCGGAUUGGUCUCCGGUGAGGGGCCAGACCAACAACAGCAUUGGUCCUACAUGUUUCACGUUGGUAUGGUGCUAUAGGUAGGCAACUAUACCACUCUGACUAUGUUACAUGCUGUGUGUACAGUUGAAGUCGGAAGUUUACAUACACUUACGUUAUAGUCAUUAAAACUUGUUUUUCAAGCACUCCACAAAUGUAUUGUUAACAAACUAUAGUUUUGGCAAGUCGGUUUGGACAUCUACUUUGUGCAUGACACAAAUCAUUUUUCCAACAAUCGUUUGCAGACAGAUUAUUUCACUUAUAAUUAUAAUAAACGGCGGUGUAGUUAUAAUAUUUACAUGUGAUCAGAAGCAUAGCUGAUAGGAAUGUGUUUUACAGAAAUCAGGCCUACACAGAAUACUUCUGAUCUUCUGUACAUCACUGUUCUAUCUGCAAGGUUCUUUGAAACAUCCCCUGAUGUUAGUCUAACAACAAAACCCACAAAUGGAGAGAGAGUGUGGGACUCUUAUGGUUGCUCAAUUAAGACUACAAAUAUACAUGUAUCAAAAUGAACAUGUCAUCCAAUGUAGAUUGCAUCAACCCCUUCAUCAUCCCCAUAGUAUAGUCGGUGCGUAUGUGUGUGCAUGCAUAUGCAUGUGUGCAUCCGCGAUUGCAUGCUGUGUAGAAAUGAGCUUCUUUCACACCAUAGCGUGUGGUUAUCGCUUCUCUGUCUGUUCUCUUUGUAGACAGUAGCCUAUAUGGGUCAGUCACUCUCAUUCUCACUUGCUUAUAAGAGAGAUGUGGUACCUUCCUCCAGCACUGUACAGCUUCUCUUACACAAAAUAGCUCAAGCAACAAGCCAUGCUCUCUAUCCCCUUUGGAUAAGAAAGGAGAUAUAACAGGUAUAACAGACUGACCUUUGCCCCCUGACAUAUAAACUAUUACAGCAUAAAUACUGGAGGCUGAGACAGGAGGACUCGGGAGACACUGUGGCCCCGUUCGACGAUACCCCCGGACAGGGCCAAGCAGGCAGGAUUUAACCCCACCCACUUUGCCAAAGCACAGCCCCAAACCACUGGAGGGAUAUCGUCAAACCACCAACUUACAACCCUGAGACAAGGCCGAGUAUAGCCCACGAAGAUCUUCCCCACGGCACAAAGAGGAGGAGGAGGAGGAUCAAGAAGAGGAGGCGGAACAAGCAAAAUAGCCUGGAUAAAUCCAGUAUGUUUGUGCUAUCAUAUCAACUCCUUGUCCUUGUCAUGCCAAACACCGGCAUGUUUGGCAUGACAAUGAGUGAAAAGGAUUUGGCAUGAUAGCACAGACUGGAUUUCUCCAGGCUACAAGCACACGCCAUAAAAUGGGAACUAGAAUUAACUAAGUUGUGUUAGAAUUAUGCCAUAGGCUCUGUAAUAUAUGCAGAUUUAAUAAAAUGGUGCAGUUAUCGUGCAUUUAA